AUGGCUUCGGCUUCUCUCGCUCCCCCGGCCGCCACUGGUACCCAUCUCCAAGUUCCAGGCGCUACCGCAGCCCCUGUGCGACCAAAGUUCAACUCUCAUGUCACAUCCGAUCGUCUCCGUGAAGGUGCCGGCCUAUACCUACCGCCCAUUUUCCAAUCCUCCAGCAGCAACAUCCGCAAGGGACGUAUAUCUGUCUUCAAAGAGACGGGUCUCGACGACUCCUCGGUGCACCAAACUCCUGGCAAUGACAAAUUCUUGGGUGUUGGCACGGUUGCUCAGGAUGGCUCAUAG